GCGACGGACGCGCUAGGAGCCUCGAUUUGUCUCUUGGUCAGGAGAGCAUUUCCUUGGGAUCUCAGGGGCGCAUACGACACGCCCAAGUGCCAAAACCGCUCGCACACACCAGAGUCCGAACGCGACUGACAACUAACGACGUCGCUUGCAGCGAAUCACGCCUUAGGCUGAGGCCAAAGGAUCAUUCAGAGCAGCUUGCGAGCGGUUACGAGGAGGGAAAGAGCGCCUUGGCCCACGCAAGGGCACGAUUGGGAGGCUCUUAUUCGUCGCCCACGCGCAGGCGCUAGAAAUUGUCCGACCAAUGCUGUCGCGCGCCUUCGCGCGACUCGGCGCCGCCGGCCUCGUCGGCGCGUCCGCCCUGUCCGCAAACGCGGCCUCGAGCCUCGCCGCGCCGAAGCAGGCCGAUACACCAUUCACGUUCCAGCGCAUCGAUCACAUCGUCCUGCGUUGUCGCGACACGCAAAAGAUGCUGGAUUUUUACGUCGGAGUACUUGGUGCGGAGCCGGAAUGGGUCGGCCGGAUGGACGGGUGCUUGAGUCACUUGCGCAUCGGAUCGAGCCUAAUCGACCUCCAAGGUUACGAGUCGCCGGGCGGCCGAAAAUUGCACGCCGGCGGCCAGGGCCUCCCCGCCGACGCGCCCGAGCCGGAGAUCGAUCCCACGAAAGGAACGCUGGACCAUUUCGCCAUCAACCUGGCGCCAUACGAUGCGGAGGCGGUAACAGAGUACCUCACCGCUGCCGGCCACGCGCCCUACGCGCAGGGCCGACGCUACGGCGCGGACGGCGACGGCUACUCGAUCUACCUCAAGGACCCCGAGGGCACCGUGGUAGAACUGAAAUCGGGCAACUGA